ACCAUGUUCUUCACUCCUCUUCCUCUCACCUUCUCCCCCUCUAACAACUCCUCCCUGCCUUUUAUAACUCUCUUCACCACUCAACAUCCAUGACUUAACUGGCCUUUUAAGCCACCCAAAACGCCUCCCGUUUUGUUAAAUACCAAUCUUCCUUCUUAUUCUUUCUUUCAAUGGCGUUCUUUAAUUUUCUCUUCCCGCUUGUUCUCCUUCUUCUUCAAUUCUCUGCUACAUUGCAACAGCAAACCACUACAACUUCGACUCAUUCUACCCAAAUCAACUCUAAUUCAGUCCUCGUCGCGCUUCUCGACUCGCAUUACACCGAGCUCGUUGAGCUCGUGGAGAAGGCGCUUCUGUUACAGACUCUUGAAGAGGCUGUUGGGAAACAUAAUAUCACAAUUUUCGCUCCCAAAAAUGAAGCUCUUGAGCGCGAUCUCGAUCCCGAGUUCAAGCGUUUCUUGCUUGAACCGGGGAAUUUGAAGUCUUUACAGACUCUUUUGCUCCACCACAUUGUUCCCAAAAGAAUUGAAGUCACGACGAUGAAGACGAAGACGAAAGGUACUGAGCCAACUCGGCACCACACGCUUUCGAGUGACUCGGUCGAGUUAACGGGUCAAGAUUCGGGUGACAAGUUUAUUAACCAAGCUAAAGUUAUCCACCCGAAUGCCGUACACCGCCCGGAUGGUGUGAUCCACGGCAUCGAACGGCUGCUAAUCCCUCGAUCCGUACAGCAAGAUUUCAACAACCGGCGGAGUCUCCGUUCAAUCUCAGCUGUUAAACCGGAAGGAGCCCCCGAGAUCGACCCAAGAACGCACCGAUUAAAAAAACCGGCACCACCGGUAAAACCCGGUUCGCCUCCCGUCCUUCCCAUUUAUGACGCGAUGGCGCCCGGUCCGUCACUAGCUCCGGCUCCAGCCCCAGGUCCUGGCGGGCCCCACCACCAUUUCAACGGGGAGAAGCAAGUGAAGGAUUUCAUUCAGACACUGUUACAUUACGGAGGAUACAACGAAAUGGCCGAUAUUUUAGUAAAUCUCACAUCGCUGGCGACCGAAAUGGGCCGGCUCGUAUCGGAGGGAUACGUUUUAACCGUUUUGGCGCCCAAUGACGAGGCCAUGGCUAAGCUCACGACGGACCAGCUGAGCGAACCGGGUGCACCGGAACAGAUUAUUUAUUACCACAUAAUUCCGGAAUAUCAGACUGAGGAGAGUAUGUACAAUGCGGUAAGAAGAUUUGGGAAAAUAUCAUACGAUACGUUGCGUUUGCCGCACAAAGUCUUGGCACAGGAGGCUGAUGGGUCUGUGAAAUUCGGUCAAGGUGAUGGAUCGGCCUACUUGUUUGACCCCGAUAUAUACACCGAUGGCCGAAUUUCGGUUCAGGGAGUUGAUGGGGUUUUGUUCCCGGUGGAGGAGACGACGACUACGAAAUCGGAAAGUAAAAAAAGCAUUAAAGUCGCAGUAAAACCGAGAAGAGGAAAAUUGCUUGAAGUAGCAUGCCAGAUGCUUGGUGCCAUUGGACAAGAUUCCCGUUUCACCACAUGCCAGUGAACUCAACCCAUCACUCUUCACAUCCAAAGGAAAACUUCAAACUUGGAAAAAGGUGGUGAAAACAACGUAAAAAGUUCUUCGGUAUGAGAUUGUGACUUGCUUUUCUUCUACAAUAGGGUAUAAAAUUUCUCAUGGAAGGUUGGCAGUCAGUCAAAAACUGAAGAAAGGGGAAAGGGGAAAAUUUGAAAGAGAAGCAAUUGGUAAAGAUGUGCUGUUAAAUUUCCAAUUCCAAUCCUUGCAUUGGAAGGAAAGGUUGGCUAAAUUAGUUAAAGUUACCUAAAAAGGAACAAGUUUUUUGUAUUUUUAUUUUUUAUUAUUAAUUUGUGUGUAAUAUGAAGAUGAAUAUUAUGAUGGUGAGGUGUCAAUUGUUGGUUGGUGAGAAGGGGAAUAAUUUUGUGUGAUGUAAUGUAGAUGAACAGAGAAGAGUCUACUGUUACUACUACCCAGUGGGCAGCCCACUGAAUAAAAGAGUAGACAAAAAAGUAUGUGGCAGUAUAUGUAAUAAAAUAAAAAACAAAAAUAAUUCUUUUGUGUUCAU